AUGGCUUACGACCGAUACGUCGCUAUAUGUAAACCCCUGCGGUAUCCGCAGAUCAUGAACAGAGAGGUCUGCCUUUUGCUUUUUUGUGCGACCUCCUGGAUACUUGGCUUUGUAGACGCCGCGUUUUCCCAUUUCAUAUCCUUGUUCGAUUUUUGCAAAUCGAAUGUCAUUAACCACUUUUCGUGCGAUCUCCGCGCUCUCUUCACGCUUUCCUGCAGCAGCACAAAGACCAUUGAAACGGUCGUACUCAUCGAGUGCCUACUCAUCGGCAUGAGCUCCUUCAUGUUGACUUUAGUUUCAUACGUGCGCAUCGUAAGUGCGAUUUUCCAAAUAAAUUCAGCGUUUGGGAGGAGUAAAGCCUUUUCUACCUGCACAUCGCACCUGACAUCUGUUAUCCUUUUUUACGGAAGUAUGAUAUCGGUUUACGUUCGACCCGCGUCUGUGUCAUCUCUGGAGAAAGACAAGUUCUUUGCUGUGUUGUAUAUCGCCCUCAUCCCUACGCUUAACCCGCUCAUAUAUAGUCUGCGGAACAAAGAAGUCAAAAAGGCGGUGAGGACAUUUUUCACGAGAAAAACUGGAAUUAUAUCUGAUGUAACUCUCGGCCCGAGAUCUUCAGUGAUCCCCACUCACUCUGGUUUUAUUAAAGGUCGAAGGAAAGCUGCACAAUGA